CUUGCUUUCCUCCUGCAGAACGCCUCCAUUUCUUACGUCUCCCAAAUUCUCUCACUUCGUGAAUUUGGUCAACAAUAACAAAAACAAUCCAAUUUUCUCGGAUUCCUAUUUGCACCUUUUUUAGUUUUCUUUAUUGGGUAUUUUUUUCACUUUCUUGAAUUGCGCCCCGAAUAUCUCCUGUAAUCCUGAUCUGGGUAUCAAAAAGUGCUCUGAAAGGGUGAGUCUUCAAAAACUUCACUUUUGCUGGUCAGAUAAUGGUGGGAGCUUUAUCUGUGGUGGGCUCAUCUGUUGUGGACUCGCAUACUAGUCCGUGUUUGUGUUUGGAUGCUCUGCCUACAAGUAAUAUGAAUCUAAAAAAUAGUGGAGAAUUGGCUUUGCAAAGGAAUUCAAUGAAGAGAAAGCACCAAGCAAGGCCAGGGUCACUAGAGUUGGGGAGUUCUUUUGUGGAUUCAUGGCAUGAUUGGAGGCUCUCAUCUAAAGCUCUUUCAGGAAUUGUGAACAAGAGUUCGAGGAAGCAGAGAAGGGAUCGAAGACUUGUGAUUGUCAAUGAAUUGGCAGGGCAAUAUGAAGAUAGUUUUGAAGAUGUUAAAACGCAAAUACUCAACUAUUUCACGUACAAGGCAGUAAGAACCGUUCUUAACCAGCUCUAUGAGAUGAAUCCCACGAAAUAUAGAUGGUUAUAUGAUUUUGUUGCAACAAAUAAGCCUGGAGAUGGCAAGCGAUUCCUCCGCCUUCUUGUGAAGGAGAGACAGGACCUUGCAGAAAGAGUGAUGGUAACACGCCUCCACUUGUAUGGAAAAUGGGUUAAGAAAUGUAACCAUGCCGAAAUAUAUCAAGAAAUAUCUGAUGAGAACUUGGAGUUGAUGCGUGAACGGCUAAUGGAGACUGUGAUAUGGCCAUCAGAUGAUACAAACACGGAGAAGAUAGGCUGAAGUGGACAUAAACACCCGUGCAUUCAUUUCUCCUUUUCAUUCUCUUUCUACUGUAGAUGUAUACAUAAUGUAACUUUGGUUUACUACCACCAACCAGACUCGAUUGUUAUUAAUCUUUCACCAAUUAAUAGGAAAUGUCAAAACUGCGACAGAAAGAGAUGCAGAGUGUAACAA